AUGCAGAGCUCUUCAGAAAUCGAAAGCAGUUUUAUUCACAGAACUGUUUCUGACGCAGAUUCAUACAUUUUCGGAAAUUCUCACCUCUGCAGACAAUUUGAAUCAGGUCACUUUGGAAACUCUUUGUUGGCUGGUGACAAAGGUUAUCCUAUCAUUCGUAGUCGCAAUGUUAUAGAGAGAACCUAUGGAGUUUGGAAAAAAAGAUUUCCAUGUCUAGCUAUGGGUCUCAGAGUUCAUCUAGAUACAGCUCAAGCAGUUACUCUAGGAACAGCAGUGCUACAUAAUAUCGCUUGUCCUAAUAACGAAGCUAUGCCCCCUAUUAGUCCUGAACAGGAAAAUGCUAUUAACAUGGUUCAUAUAGAUAAUGUGAAGACAGAUCCUGUAAAUAUUAGGUUGCCACAAAAUGCAAUCAACAAUGUUAGAACUUACCCUAUUAAUAAUUAUUUAGCAAAUUUGUAA